AUUAUGCCAUGCCAUAAUGUCAUGUCUCAAGUCUCAUUUGACUUUGCUUAUUUAUUUAAUUUGUGGGAGUUCAAAGUUCAGGAACUCAAUAUGAAUUGAUGCUUUUAUUAAAUGAUAUUUAAAUAUUUAUCUACAAGUUAAUAUAUCUUUUAGUUUGCAUGUGGCAGACUUGUUCUCAAGUGCUAUCUAUAUAGUGCUAUCUUGGUUUAUCAGUGUAUAUAAGACAUAAUAGCAGAAUUAAAGGCCAAAUGUUAUCAGAAAAGACGAGAUCAUGCUAAUUUGUAUUGGAAGCGUUUUCUUUUUAGUUACUGAUUCCCAGCCGAAGCGUGUGCUCUUAGGAACUUAAAAAGUUGUAAAAAUGGAUAGUUAUACUUCUGAUAGCAGUGAUAGUGAUACAAAUAGUAAUAAAGUAAUAGAUUUGGCUUAUUUGUUAUUGGAGCCAGAUACUGUGGACCAUAAUUUAGAAGCGUACAUGAAUGAAAGUAAAAGAUUUUUUGAAGUGGAAAGAAUUAUUUUGCAUCAUAAUCGGUUAUCUACUCUCCCGAACAAUUUAGUAAAGUUUUCAAACACCAAGAUUUUGGACAUUAGUAACAAUGGGCUCACUAGUUUACCAAAUAUAUUUGAGUAUUGCCCUUUAACUACUCUAGUUGCUAAAAAUAACUUGUUAAAAAAUUAUUCUCUACCAAAAUCUUUUACAAAAUGCACCACCUUGAAGGAACUUAAUCUAAGUGGAAAUCAAUUAAAUCAGUUUCCAGAACAAAUUUUAGAUUUUUUAAAUUUAAAGUACCUUUAUGUGGGUGGAAAUGCUAUGAAACAAAUUUCAAAAAAUAUAUGGAAAUUGAAAAACCUACAAGUUCUUUCUUUUGGGGGAAAUGAACUUACCGAAGUUCCAGCUACCUUAGGACAGCUACAGCAUUUACAAGCUUUAGUAUUAUGUGAUAAUCAAUUAGAGAGCCUUCCGGCUAAUAUAGCAAAUCUUUACAAGUUAAAGUCCUUGCUGUUACACAAGAACAGACUUCGAACACUGCCUCCAGAGAUUAUAGCCUUAAAAAAUUUAACAGAGUUGAGUCUUAGAGAUAAUCCAUUAGUAGUAAGAUUUGUUAGUGAGAUGAGUUACAAUCCAACUAGUCUAUUAGAAUUAUCAGCGAGAACAAUAAAACUACAUAAUAUCCAAUUAGAACCUGGGGAUAUACCUUUAACGUUGCUCAAUUAUAUGAAUUCAGCUCAUCGAUGUGUGAAUCCACAUUGCAAAGGUGUUUAUUUUGACAACAGGGUCGAACAUAUCAAGUUCGUCGACUUCUGUGGAAAAUACCGCAUUCCCCUACUGCAGUACCUCUGCUCAUCGAAAUGUGCCAUCAAAAGGGACGAAAACUUCGACCGCCCUGCAAGAUCGUACAUGAUGAAAAAAGUAUUGUUGGGUUAAGAUGAAAAUGUAUCGGAUAUAUUUUAUAUACUUUAUUUUUUAAAUACUUCGUAUAUGUAGGUAAAGUAACAUACAGUUAGCGAAGAGUAUAUACAGCGAAACAGUUUUUCUAAAAAAAGUAACUAAUUUAAAAUUGUACUAGUAUUCUAAAUAAAAUUACAGUACUUUAACACUAGCAUUAGCUAUAUCAGCUACAACCUUAAAAAUUACUGUGUCUGGGGAAAGUUCAGGAUUUUUAAGGUUACUAUGAAAAUCAUACAUAAUACAACUAUGACAUGACCUAAAAUAAUGUCACGUGGCCUUGUGUUGAAAGGUGAAAGAAAAAUCGACAAUUUUUUUAUAGAAUUUAUCUAAACGAGAUGACAAGUAACUAAUAGUACAACAAACAUGUACAAAUUGUGAUGAAAGCACAUUAUACAUUAUUUCUCAAAAAACUGAAGGUAAUUAAGUUUGUUAUGCUGGAGUUUCCAUUGGUAUUUAACAAUUAAAGUUGUAAUACUAAAAUAAAGAAAUUAAUGUAAUUAAAAUUUGUUUUGAGAGAUACUAAAUAUGUGCCUAUUAUUGGAAACUUUUUGAAAAUGUUAGUGUCAAUAAAAACCAAUCCAGUC